AUGAAUUCUGAUUCGAGCUCUGUCUCCAGCAGAGCUUCAUCUCCGGACAUGGAUGAGAUGUACCUGAGGGACCACCACCACCGCCAUCACCACCACCAGGAGAGCCGUCUCAACUCGGUCUCGUCCACGCAGGGCGAUAUGAUGCAGAAGAUGCCCGGGGAAAGCCUCUCGCGGGCCGGCGCCAAGGCCGCGGGAGAGAGCAGCAAGUACAAAAUCAAGAAGCAGCUGUCGGAGCAAGACCUACAGCAGUUGCGGCUGAAGAUCAACGGACGCGAGCGCAAGCGGAUGCACGACCUGAACCUUGCCAUGGACGGGCUGCGCGAGGUCAUGCCCUAUGCGCACGGGCCCUCGGUGCGCAAGCUCUCCAAGAUCGCCACUCUCUUGCUAGCCAGAAACUACAUCCUCAUGCUCACCAGCUCCCUGGAGGAGAUGAAGAGGUUGGUGGGAGAGAUCUACGGGGGCCACCACUCGGCCUUCCACUGCGGGACCGUGGGCCACUCGGCCGGCCACCCGGCGCACGCGGCCAACGCAGUGCACCCGGUGCAUCCCAUCCUGGGCGGCGCGCUCUCGUCCGGCAAUGCCUCGUCACCGCUGUCCGCCGCCUCGCUGCCCGCCAUCGGCACCAUUCGGCCUCCCCACUCGCUGCUCAAGGCGCCCUCCACGCCGCCCGCGCUGCAGCUGGGCAACGGCUUCCAGCACUGGGCCGGGCUGCCCUGCCCCUGCACCAUCUGCCAGAUGCCGCCGCCGCCGCACCUGUCCGCUCUCUCCACCGCCAACAUGGCCCGGCUGUCGGCCGAGUCCAAGGACUUGCUCAAGUGA